CAAUUUCACACUUUCCAUUUUACCGAGAAUCACAAGACACUCAUUCGUUUCAGGAACAGGAGAAUGAUAUUUUCAAGGAUACAAACACAGACGAUUUAACCAAAUUUACCCUAGAGGGAGGCAAUUAAGAACGCAGCGUAAGGGAGGAAGGAAGUAGAAGUAUUAAUUAUUCAUGUUUAUACUCGUAUAUUUUUACUCCGUAUUAACCAAGGAGAGUAACUUUUGGCAGUCAUGAUUCUUUCACAUGAACUGAGUCUGAAAAUCUGGUUUCCUAUCCAUUAGAUUCGUCUCUCUCAAGUCUCACCCACCCACUUUCGCCGGCUUUGUCCGCCUGUCGCGUUUCUUUACCCGUUCCUUCCUCCUCUCGCUUUUACUUUUCUUCUAGUAACUCUGUCAAUUGCCCAACAGCCAAGAAGACUUCUUGUCUUUUGCAGAAACCGCGUUUCCCGAUGUCUCACGCGUGGGCCCGCCCACCCACAGUCUCUUUCCCUUUCCUUCCUAGAAUUUUCAUUUCUGCCCAGAACUGUCCUAGCUAGCUAGUCUUGAGCUUGCUUCCGCGAAUAACCAAAUCUCGAAAACCCAAUUCUGAAAAACCUGUCUUUUUUGUUUUUGCCUUGGUGGGGAUGGCGGAAAAUGGCGAGGAGAAGCUGAUAGCGGUGGCCAGGCACAUAGCAAAGACUCUGGGUCACACUGAUACCAUGACUGAUGACAUUCUUCAGAUUUUCUCCAACUUCGAUGGCCGGUUGAGGGAGAAGCUCUCCGAGGACGACUCUCGUGGCUGCGCCGCGCUGGAGCGGACCCUCAAGUCUCUUGAUCGUCAGAUCUCGCGGUACGUGUCGGUGGAGCAUCCGGUUUGGUCCGAUUCUGCUGAUUCUGUCGCGUUUCUGGAAGCUGUGGAUCACUUGAUAUCUGCGAUUCGAGAAUGGACGCCGAUGGGGAACGAGAAGCAGGUUUCGUCCUGCUUGGAUCGGGCGGAGGAUUUGCUCCAGCAGGCGAUGUUCCGUCUCGAGGACGAGUUUAAAACCCUAAUGGAACGCGGGUCGGAGUCGUUUGAUUUGACCCGUUACAGGACCCGUGAGUCCGCGAACGAGGAUUACUCGUCGGACUCGGAGGAAGCUGAUGAUGAUGAAGACGGGGAGAUCCCGGUGGCGCAUCCGAUUUCUGACUACGACAUUAUCAUAGACGCUUUGCCGGCGGGGACUAUCAGCGAUCUGCACGAGAUCGCGAAGCGGAUGGUGGCUGCAGGGUACGGGAAGGAGUGCUCCCACGCGUAUAGCACUUGCCGGAGGGACUUCUUAGAGGAGAGCCUUGCGAGGCUGGGUAUUAAGAAGCUGAGCAUCGACGAAGUGCAGAAAAUGCAGUGGACGGAGCUAGAAGAUGAGAUCGAGAGGUGGAUGAAAGCCGUCAACGUUUCCCUUCGGAUUCUCUUCCCCAGCGAGCGCCGCCUCUGCGAUCGCGUCUUCUUCGGCUUUUCUUCCGCCGCAGAUCUAUCCUUCAUGGAGGUCUGCAGAAGCUCCGCCAUUCAACUCCUCAACUUCGCAGAUGCAGUGGCGAUCGGCAGCAGAGCACCAGAAAGACUCUUCAAGGUACUCGAUGUUUACGAAACCCUAAGAGAUCUGUUGCCGGAGUUCGAAUUGCUCUUCUCUGACCAGUACUGUCUGUUCAUGAGAAAUGAAGCAUUCACCAUCUGGAAGAGGUUGGGCGAAUCAAUCAAGAGGAUCUUCAUGGAGUUGGAGAAUCUGAUCCGUCGUGACCCAGCAAAGUCUGCUGUACCUGGUGGUGGUCUCCACCCAAUCACACGAUAUGUUAUGAACUAUCUCCGGGCAGCUUGCAGAUCAAGGCUCACUCUUGAACAAGUCUUCGAAGAAACCCUAACCCCGCCUACUAGUUCUCUCGACUUGUCAUCACCUUCAUCUUCCUCAUCCUUGGCAGUUCAAAUGGUGUGGAUUAUGGAAUUACUGGAGAGUAACUUGGAGGCGAAGUCAAAAAUAUACAGAGACUCUGCUCUGUCGUCCAUUUUCUUGAUGAACAAUGGGAGAUACAUCAAUCAGAAGGCUAAAGACAGUGAACUAGGGACACUUUUGGGAGACGAUUGGAUCAGAAAACACACAGCUAAAGUUAGACAGUAUCAUGUGAAUUAUAAAAGAAGUUCUUGGAACAAAGUACAAGGAGUUUUGAAGAUGGACAGCUCCAUGUCACCUAGUCAAGCAUCAAAAACUUUGAAGGAGAAGCUUAAGUUAUUCAAUUCCUACUUUGAGGACAUAUGUAAAGCCCAAACAUCAUGGGUGGUUUUCGACGAACAAUUGAGAGAGGAGUUGAGGAUUUCUGUGGCGGAGACUCUUUCUCCUGCUUAUAGAAACUUCAUUGGAAGGCUAUAUAGCACUCCGGAUUAUGGGAAGCAUGCUGCUGCUGACAAGCAUGUCAGGUAUACCGUGGAGGAGCUUGAAGCUCGAAUAAAUGAGUUGUUCCAAGGCAACAGCAGCCGGAAGUAAACGAGCAAACCAAGUAAGUUAUGAGACUCGUUUGUGCUUGAGCUCUGGUGAAAAUUUUGUGAGGUGGGAUACAUUGUACCUUAUACUAUAGGUUUCUAAAACAAAAUGAAAACAAUUGAAACAUUUGUAAAACUUCGGUCUCAUUUGUUUAGACACUCGACUCCGUAGAGUCCUCUCAUUCCUGAGAAUCACACCGUAUGCUCACUCUUGAAAUUGGGAAUCUUGAUGAUCCCAUUAUUUCAGGAAUUGAGUGAAUUCACAUUAUCCAGAUGCGCUUUUAUAAUGUUGGAGCCUGUACAUCUAGCCAUAUUAGAGAAUUUUUGGGUUGGUAACUCAAAUAGGGUUGCAUCUAGCCCUGAUCUUGGUUGUAUUAUGUACUCGUAUCACUGGAAACAUUAAAAAAAUGUGUUCGAGUUAAUUCACAUUAUCCAGAAGGCUUGGACUUUUGCAGAGCCCGGCCGAGUAGUCUUCUAAGGAACUCGCCAACUUUGGCAAACAAAUGUGUGACUUUUAUUGUUUUUGUGUUUUGGUUUCUUCUUUGUUCAUCAAAGCAGCUAAUUCGCAGAACAAAUCUGAUUCCUGUUUAGUUCAGGUCUUAUUUAUUUAAUUUAAUUCCAAGUAACUAAUAAUUUGAUCAAGAUUUCAAAACUGCCCGAGAUUUCGCUUGUUGAUGACUGACCAGCGGGAAAGUCGAUUGGUGAAGUUCUAUUUAAUGCAACGUGAAAAUGGAGUGCAUCAAUAUUCAUAUUUCCAGUGCAUCCCCUUUGAGUACUGUUGCUUUUUUAUUUUAUAAGUUGAAGGUUGAGACAACCCUAAACCCACGUCCCAAAAUCUGAGAUCAAUUUUCUUUUAAUUAAAUUUGGCAGAACCGUUUUAGAACUUAACAAGAUGAUUCCGUUAGGUAACCCUAAAAUUGGCUGACUCAGUCGAUUCCGGUAAAAAUUAUGAAGUUGUGAUUGAAGUGGUUAGAUUGGCCAAUUUUGGUAAAUUUAAAAAAAAUUAUACUUCGUAUUUAAAUAUGGAGUAUGUUUUAUUAAUAAUAUAAAGGAAAAAAUAUUUCAAAAAAUCCAGUAAGAAAAGUAAUCUUAAAUCUACUUAUUUUGAUUAGUACACAUCUCAACGCGUGAAAUUAGAAGUUACCUAUUUUGUGAAAAAGUAGGUUGAUAAGCUGAAAAUUAGAGUCACUAAAAGGGCUUUUUCAUUUUUUUAUAUACUCUCUGUAUUUGAAGAAAAGAUGUGGGAGUUGCGCCUACGGUGGUUUGGUCAUGUGCGUAGAAGACCGAGUGAUGCACCUGUUAGGCGAGUUGAGAUGUGUGGAGAAGAGGCAGGGAAGAGAGGGUGAGGAAGACUCAAACAGACGUGGGUUAGGGGAGUUCGAAGUGAUAUGCUUCUUCUGGGGUUGGAUGAGGGCAUGACUUUAGAGAGAACUAAGUGGAGGGCGGGUAUUCACGUGAAGGAGUGAUCUUGAUAAUCUUUUUCCCUCAUCUUUUUUUUCCUAGUUUUUUUUAUCCUUAUAUAUAUAUAUAUAUGCAUUAUCUGCAGCCUUUUUAUUUUAUCAUUUUUAUAUAUAUUCAUCUUUUUUAUAUUAUCUUUUCAUAAUAGCUUAUCUUUUUAUCUUUAUUCCUUCUUUUCCUUUUGGUUGUGAUAUCAUGUAUCGAUUCAUGUUAGCCGACCCCAAUAUCUUUUGGGACUAAGGCUUGGAUGUUGUUGUUGUUGACUCUCUGUAUUUGAAAGUUCUCUAUAAUAGUUUUGGGCACAUCAUUUAGCGGUGGAAUAGUAGGUGUAAUGAAUACCGUAAAAAAGUAGGAGAUAUAAUGAAAAACUAUGAAAAAAAGAUAAACAAUACAAAAAGUAAGUGUAAUUGAAUAUUUUUAAAGCAAGAAAAUUAUCAAAACGUAAAAUGUAUCAAAUUUUUAAAAACGUUCAAAUAAAGAGAGCGUAGUAAAAUUUAAAAUAUGGAGAAUACUAAAAUGAACACAAUUAGAUUUAUGUUACAUAUAAGUGUUCAAAGCUCAAAUCAGUAUAAUUAUAUUUAAAUAUGUUUGUGGUCCCUG